GCGAUGUCCCGACGCGCCGCUCGCCGCCUCGCCGCCGCAGCCUCCGCCCCCUCGCCGAGCACGCCGCCGCCCGCCCGCCUCCUCGACCUCCCCACGGACCUCCUCGCCCGCGUCGUGUCUCGCUGCGACUUCCCCGUUGACAACGCUCGCGUCGCGGCCGUCUCGCAUCUCUUCCACGCCUCGCUUGCGAAGGAGGGCAUCCGCUUGUGGGCGCAAGAGCGCGGCUUCGAGCUGCCGGCGCAGCCAGAGGGCGAGACCUGCGCCGUGCGGUGGCUGUGCUAUUCGGCGCUGCUGCGCGAGGCCAACCCGCCGGCGAGGGCGGCGGCAGGCGAAUCGCACAGCGUCUUCAUCGACGGCGUGGGGCGGCUCUCGUCGUGCGGCAGUGGGGCAGUCUAUCCAGGACUGCUCGGGCACGGUGAGGGCGUGACGCGGGUGAACACGCCGACCCGCCUCCCGUUGCUGGGUGAGCGCGCUGUGAGCGUCUCGGCUGGAAGCGCGCACAGCCUCUCCCUCACCGCCGGCGGCGCCGCCUGGAGCUGGGGUAUUGGAGGCGGCUACUUGGGCCACGGCGACGAGCAGAACCAGUGGCAGCCGAAGGAAGUCGAGGCCUUUGCUGGGCGGCGCGUCGUCGCUGUCUCGGCGGGAAGCGACCACAGCCUCGCCCUCACCACCGACGGUCGUGUCUGGAGCUGGGGCUAUGGACGCGACGGCCGGUUGGGCCACGGCGACGAGCAGCGGCAGCUGCUGCCCAAGAGAGUCGAGGCUUUUGCGGGGCAGCGCGUCAUCGUAGUCACGGCUGGAGCGUACCACAGCCUCGCCCUCACCGCCGACGGCAGCGUCUGGAGCUGGGGCGAGGGAGCCUCUGGCAAGCUGGGCCACGGCGACCAGCAGCGCCAGCUGCUGCCCAAGAAGGUCGAGGCCUUUGCUGGGCAGCGAGUCGUCGCUGUGUCGGCGGGAACCUAUCACAGCCUCGCCAUCACCGCCGACAGCGCUGUCUGGAGCUGGGGUGAGGGAAACUCAGGCCAGCUGGGCCACGGCGACCAACAGCGCCAGCUGUUGCCAAAGAAGAUCGAGGCCUUUGCUGGCCAGCGAGUCGUCACCGUGUCGGCUGGAGUCUACCACAGCCUCGCCAUCGCCGCCGACGGCGCCGUCUGGAGCUGGGGUGAGGGAUCCUAUGGCCGGUUGGGCCACGGCAACGAGCAGCGCCAGCUGCCACCAAAGAAGAUCGAGGCCUUCAUUGGGCAGCACGUCGUCGCUGUGUCGGCUGGAGCCUAUCACAGCCUCGCCAUCACCGCCGACGGCGCUGUCUUUACCUGGGGCGAGGGCGAGGACGGCUGCCUAGGCCACGGAGAGGACCUGUCGAACCAGCUGCUUCCCAAGAAGGUCGAGGCGUGGGCGGAGGAGCUCCGGAGGGAAUGAGCAGGGCACUCCUCGGGUCGGUCCACCCGCGACUCCACGAUUGCCGAGCGUCAUUAUCUGGAGGAUAGCGCUUGCUUAGUUGUUCCUUUGUUGUAACCUCUAAUUAAUUGUAUGGCUGUGUAUGUCUAUGUUUGUAGUUCAACCCGCUGGCUCGUUCGUGCAA